GAAUGAGCACAUCUCGAUCGACUCCACGAUUGAGUCUGCUAUAGUCCUUUGCAAUGAUCUCAUGCCAUCUCACUCGCAUCGCGUGCCAGCUUACCCAAACAAAAUAGCAUGAUGGGUCAUCUGGACGAUCUCAACAACUAUGUUCCGCUCGGCUGUCUUGUAUUGCCUCAACGUAGGGAGCAAACAGAGCCAUCACAGACUGAAUCGAGAUGGAGUCCGGUCAUAUCCUUGGAGUCCAUCUGUGAUUUUGAGGCUCCACUGAUGGCGGCAGUCACAAAGCUUCUUGAACUGAAAUGGGUAAGACUGUACUAUUGUCAUGACAUUUCCUGGACACUUUUCAGAUGCUAUUUACUCCCGCAAGAUACUCGCCUGGGUUUUGAAGACCGGAAGAAACGCACGCCGAUCACGUGUCUCGAAAUCUUGCUCUCCAACAUUUUCGUCGAUCGCGAUACAUGGCAUUGCCAUCAUGAUUCUAGAUUGACAGAACGCUUUGAUCGGUGGGCUACCGUUGAGCCCGGCUCACUGUUCUAUCACUUCAAUCAGAUUCCAUCACCGAAGCCCGAUCUAGAUCUUCUUACGGACAAAUAUUAUCAGGAAGCAUUAGAGGACAUUUUAGAAGACAACGUACCGGGUCUCAAAACUAAUCUGUACCAUUAUCAGCGCAAAUCAGCCGGCUUGAUGCUUCAGCGCGAAGCAGCGCCCCAACGAGAGCUUGACCCACGCCUGGAGUCAAGAACUGCGCCAGAUGGGACGACGUUCUAUUACGAUGCUUUCAAAAUGGAAUUCUUCCGGAGUGCGCGGUACUACGAGGCCAGUCGGGGCGGUAUUCUAGCCGAGACUAUGGGCUUGGGUAAGACGGUGAUCUGUCUCGCGCUCAUUCUUGCAACUAAGGAUCUUGCGGCGCAUAUUCCACCAAAUCAUGCUCUAAAGCCAACGCGUGCGCGCUUAGGGAAGUUAACUGAAAUGUCGGUCUCAGUCGUUCACAGAUAUUCAGUCCCUUGGAAAGUGGAGUUUGACCGAAUGCGGCAUGCAUCACGUCUGGAGAUGACAGGCGCCGAGAAGAUACUUGAAUCUUCGCCGGCGACGUAUGAGAUACCCAAUGAGCCCACACGCCAUCACAGGCGAUCGUUCGUCUAUGUGCCGCCGCCACGGACAAUGAUCGUCUCCUCCACGACGUUGGUUGUGGUUCCACGGAACCUGUUUUUGCAGUGGCAAUCCGAGAUAAGAAAGCACGUCGACGAUGAAGGCCUUCAGGUCCUCGUCAUGGAUGACGCCAAGAAGGUGUUGCCUGCGCCUGAUGAGUUGCGCAGCUUCGAUAUUAUUCUCUUCAGCCGUAACCGCUUCGAGCUCGAGGAUCAAGAUGGACAAGAUGGACAGAAACGACGAAUGACACCCAGCAAAACAGAAUCCUACUGCACCUGCCCAUAUAUCGGGUCCUCGAGAACACGGGAUUGCACAUGUCUGAAGCCCGAGAUGUUAUACAACUCACCGCUAAAAUACGUACACUUCAAGCGUGUCAUCGUCGAUGAGGGCCACUUCUUUGGUAACAGCAGUAGCUCUCGCUCGACCGCGACUUCGGUCAUAGAUAAGCUGCUGACCGUGGACCAUCGUUGGGUCGUCUCUGGGACCCCCGCCAAAGACCUGCUUGGCGUAGAGGUUGAUCUGUCAACCGCCGAAGAUUCCUGGUCGGCUCCAGAUUCCAAAACCGGGCGCGAAAUGGCUCUGCAGCAGCGUAAAGCAUUCAGUAGCGAAGACACCAAAGGAGCGGUUGAGAGCUUGGGAUUACUCGCCUGCCAUUAUCUCAAGAUCAGACCUUGGUUCGGGAGCGACGAUAAGGCCAGCUGGAAAAAUUAUAUCUUCCGCCAUGAAGAGAUCAAGCCCAGAACGAAGUCAGGGUACACGCGCACUCUACGACGCUUCCUCGAAGGUAAUGUAGUGAAGACACGCCCUGAAGACGUUGAACGGGACAUAGAACUGCCACCUCUGAGAUCUACCGUAGUGAAGUUGGAACCUUCAUUUUACGAUAAGGUCACUGCAAACUUAUUCACACUUGUUCUCGCGGCAAAUGCGGUCACCUCCGAAAGGUCCGACACCGAUUACCUCUUCCAUCCAAGCAGUCACAAAGAGCGCAAACUGUUGAUCACAAACUUGCGUCAAAGUGCUUUCUUCUGGACAGGGUUCAGCGAAGAUGAUGUGAAGGGAAGUAUGAAGAACGGUCGGAGGUAUCUUGACAAGAAAGGGACCACGUGUACAAUCGAGGACAGGCGCCUGCUCGAAGAUGUGAUACAAAGCAACGAGCUUGUUACUCAAUCAAAAGGCUGGCGGUCAUUAAGCCGCUCGCAUGAGCUCGGAGUGUUUGUACAAGCUUGGCCAGAUGAAAGUGCAGAACAUUGGGCGUUCGAUGACAGUCGUGAGCCCCUGCUGGUCGGAAUAACUCAAUUACUCGACGCGCAGGCCUUUGUCAAUCGACGAUUGUGCAACUCAGAUCCCGGAGAAGAUCUCUCGGGGGCGGGCAUUAAAGCACUAGCGCCAUUACGACUCCACGCGUCACCAAAUGAUACAGCGAAUUCAAGUACGACGACAGACGCUUCAGAUCCCCUCCCUGCCAAGGAAUUGUUCAAGAUGUCUGGCAUACCAGCUUCCAGUCUUGCUGGCGAGCCACAAAGGAUGAAACGGUCAGCAUCAUCGAUGAAACCUGGAAGCAAAAGGAGGUCUGCAAUGCCAACAACAUCGACAGAUAUACAAAGCCAAUCUUCGCCGAAAGUGGGCACAUCGCCUGUAAUUUGUUGCUCUCGACCGUCUGAGCCACAGGUGAAGCUCCCGAGCCACCUCGCAAAAUCGAGCAUCAUAGGAACGGCAUCUGCGAAGCUGAGUUAUCUUGUUUCACAAAUCCUCAAGCACCACCAGAGCGAGAAGAUCCUUGUCUUCUAUCAGGGCGAGAACUCAGCAUAUUAUAUUGCUCAAAUGCUUGAACUACUGGAUAUUAAACAUGAAAUCUACGCUAAAUCCUUGAAGGCAUCAGUGAAGUCUGAUUAUGUGGUGCGAUUCAACGAAAAUGCCGAACAGAGGGUUUUGCUCAUGGAUGUGCAUCAAGCUGCUUUCGGCUUGAAUUUAUCCUCGGCCUCCCGCAUUUAUUUUGUGAAUCCUGUUUGUCGACCGAGCGUUGAAGCCCAGGCUAUCAAGCGUGCCCAUCGUAUUGGUCAGACUCGUACUGUGUUUGUAGAAACAUUAGUGCUCAAGGACAGCAUUGAGGAAAAAAUGCUCGAAAGGUCAAAGCGGAUGACGAGUGCAGAACACAACAAUGCCAAAGACUUGGAGGACGAUGGCGGCAUUCGCGUAAUCAUACAAGACGCACGUGUCUUGCCGAUUGCACCUCAGGAGCAUUCCGGAACUGGACAGAUGGCACCAUUGGACGAGCCUCAACAACUGUGGGGCCUGCCAGCCAGAGGGCACACACAGAAAUCUGACUACCACCACGAACAUUGGAUGUCCAUUCGGACUGUGGAUGUAAUUCGAUCCACCGAGCCUACAGUUUUCACAAAUGCAGAAGAGAACAACAGUCUCUCUCACAAACGUAGUCUAGUUGACACCGGUUUCGAACUGAACGAUAAUCAUCCAAGUACCGGUGCUCGUCAAGGUCAACCAAAGAAAUCAAGAGUCCUUCGCAUCAGCGCGUAGAAUGUGGAGAAUUGAACAAAUGCUUUCUUCU